GAGCAGGAAAUCCCAUCACUAUAUUGUACUGAAAAAAGAUGGGGCCAUGCUGUCGGACUACAUUUCCCAGUAGACUUUACGGUCCACGAGGAGGAGGAUAGUCUCGACCUUGGAGUUUGACGUAGAGCAGCAUGGCGAGCAAGGAGCCGAAUCGCUUGGUCCAGCACCUAAGGGAUCUGGCAGGUCGAAUGUCUUCAUCUGGUGGCAGAGGGGCAGGAUUAGGACUGAAGCUGCUGCUCGGAGCUGGUGCUUUGGCAUAUGGCAUUAAAGAAGCCACCUACACAGUGGAGGGUGGUCACAGAGCCAUCGUCUUCAACAGGAUUGGAGGGAUGCAGAUGGACACUAUUCUGGCUGAGGGGCUGCAUUUCAGGUAGGAUCAGCAGAUUUAUUAACUGACUUGUUCCAGGAUCUACAGUUGU